AACAGCUCCAUAUCACGCAGAGAGAGAGAGAGAGAGAGAGAGAGAGAGAGAGAGAGAGAGAAAUCCUCGAUUAUCUUCGACUCUUCGUCUUCUCGUUCGUCUUCGACCUGCGAAUUAUCGGACAGAUUUUUUUAGAUCUAUCGAGAAGGAUAGAAUGUCGGGAAAAGGUGCGAAGGGAUUGUUGACGGGGAAAACUCCGGCGUCGAAGGACAAGGAUAAAGACAAGAAGAAACCUAUCUCACGCUCUUCUCGUGCUGGACUUCAGUUCCCUGUCGGACGUAUCCAUCGCCUCCUUAAAGAGCGAGUCACUGCUCACGGCAGAGUGGGAGCGACUGCUGCUGUUUAUUCCGCAGCCAUUUUGGAGUACCUAACUGCAGAAGUGUUGGAGUUAGCCGGGAAUGCCAGCAAGGAUUUGAAGGUGAAGCGUAUUACACCCCGGCAUCUGCAGCUGGCUAUACGUGGUGACGAGGAGCUCGAUACCCUCAUCAAGGGAACCAUAGCCGGCGGUGGUGUCAUCCCGCAUAUACACAAGUCCCUCAUCAACAAAUCCUCCAAGGAAUAAACUAAGACAUUUUCUUUGAUCGAUCAUGUGUUUAAAAAUCUCGGUGGGGCUGUAGGUUUUAGGCUUAGGCUGUUUGUUUUGAGAUGCUAUUCUAUCUGUCACCAUGUUCUGAAUCAAAGCUUUUGACUGAAUUCCGGGUUUAGCAGUUCAGGAGACGAUCUUCUUCGUGUGUUUGCUGUCUCUCCAUUUAUGUGAAACUUUGAGAAAAUUCUAUGCUUCUGUUAAUGACA